CUGUUAAUCUUAUCUUACUUUUAUUCUUUCCAUAAUAUAGUCGAUAUCGGUGAUCAGUGCAAUGACGAUACGCUUAUCUGCCGAUCGCGAACAGCGCGUUGUAUCUUCGCGGGUCAUCCUCUCACGUCAACAUAUGAAGUCGACUCGACCGUGGCCGGCGUCAGCUCGGGCCACACUCGAAGCGUGCAGCAAAGGCAGAUGCGACAGCGCCUUUUGGUGAACCGAUAUACCGACGCCUUAGAGCCGAGUGGGCUGGACGGCCGGACAAGCCGUAGUGAGGCUGGACAGCGCGAGAUGUCGAACAAAAAGGAGGCUUUAAAUGAGGGUAGCAUAGCGACAGCGUUGCUGGCGUCGCGAGGUCGAGGCUGGUACAGUGAAGCAUCGGCUCAUCGAUCCGGCAACCCCGAGGCGAGAGACCCGAGUCCCGACCGACUGAACGAUGGAGAAGCCGUGGAAACAGAGGCCGGAGGACUGGCGCGGCGGUCAGACACGGUCAAGUGGUGCCGCUGUCCGAGGAGUCGCGUGGCCGUGUACCAGACGACGCUGCGCUACAUCGAGUGCUGUGAGUGUUUGGCUGAUUCGCAUGCCCGGCGGGUACAGUGGCCCCGGACUGGACUGAGAAAAUUGGUCUGA